ACUACCGCUUAGGUCACGAUAGAACAGUGUACUGUAGUCUCAUGUUGUGGUGGUGUUUAUUGAUAUUGUAUUGAGUUCUGACACUUCUUUUUAAUUCUCACUCUAGAAACUUUUUUUUCAAUUGACUAUUUUUUAUGUGACCAUUUUCUAAACAUUAGCCAUGGCUCGAGACAAAGUCGAUCGAUAUCAUAGCAGAAGAAGAUCACGCUCGAAAUCGUGGUCCCGUUCCAGAAGUGCAACUCCAGAAAAAAAGAGGAGACGUUCGAGAAGCCGAGAACGUGAUCGCGAGAAAAGACAUCGUGAUCGGGAUCGUGAGCGCGAACGAGACCGAGACCGCGACCGCGAACGUGAUCGACGCAGCCGUUCCCGAGACAAGGAUAGGGAACGAAAAGACCGAUCUGAUAGGGACAGAGAUCGUGAAAGAGAUAAAGAACGAAAACAUGCGGACAAUGGUGAGAAGCGUCUGGUUACGUCAAAGUCGUCUAGAUCUGGAAAAGAUCGUUCCAAUAGGUCAAAGUCUAGAGACCGCAAAGAAAAAGAUAAAACAGAAAAUGAUGAUUUGCCCUUCGACCAUACCAAACUUGAUAAAGAUGAAGAACAGAAAAGAUUGGAACUAGAAAUGCAAAAGAGAAGAGAAAGAAUUGAAAGAUGGAGAGCUGAGAGGAAAAAGAAAGAGCUUGACGCUAAAAAGGAUGAGGGCAAAACUUCCAUCUUAUGUAAUUUACAAUUACCUUCUGCAAAAAAAUGGUCUCUAGAAGAUGAUGAUGAUGUUGAUGAAGAGAUUACAAUAAAUCCAUGCAGUAGAGAGUUUUGUAGAGAAAAUGAAUUAAGAGAAGAAAAUGAAGUAUGUGUACCUGAAGUAAAAAAUACAAUGGAAGUUGAAGAAGAUGAAAUUGAUCCCCUUGAUGCGUACAUGGCAGGUGUUCAAGAGGAAGUAAAAAAAGUCAAUAAAUUUGAAAAAAAGCCAGUAGCCAAUAAUAGUAGCACAGCAAGUGGCAGUGUUGUAAUUGUUACUGGAGUAGCAAAGAAAAAAACUCAAAAACAAAAAGGAGAAUUAAUUGAACAAAAUCAGGACGGUCUUGAAUAUUCAAGUGAAGAAGAAGGUGAAAAUCUUCAUGAAACAGCUGCUGGAAUUGCAAAUAAACAGAAACGCGAGCUAGCCAAAGUGGAUCAUGCUACAACAGAAUAUAUACCUUUUAAAAAAGCAUUUUAUCGUGAAGUCCCAGAAAUUGCUCGCAUGACCCCUGAGGAAGUCGAAGAAUACAAAGAAGAACUCGAAGGUAUCAGAGUUAAAGGCAAAAAUUGUCCAAAACCUAUAAAAUCUUGGGCUCAAUGUGGAGUUUCCAAAAAAGAGCUUGAUGUACUUCGUAAAUUAGGAUAUGAAAAACCCACACCUAUACAAUGUCAAGCCAUUCCAGCAAUCAUGUCUGGUCGAGAUCUUAUUGGUAUUGCUAAAACUGGCAGUGGCAAAACAUUAGCAUUCCUGCUACCUAUGUUUAGGCAUAUUCUCGAUCAACCUCGGUUAGAAGAUGGAGAUGGCCCAAUUGCUCUUAUCUUGACACCAACACGAGAAUUAUGCAUGCAAAUUGGAAAAGACUCGAAACGAUUCACUAAAAGUCUUGGCCUGUCACAUGUUUGUGUUUAUGGUGGCACUGGUAUUUCGGAACAAAUAGCUGAACUCAAAAGAGGAGCAGAAAUUAUUGUUUGUACACCUGGAAGAAUGAUUGACAUGUUAGCUGCAAAUAAUGGCAGAGUCACAAAUUUGAAGAGAGUCACAUAUGUGGUAUUGGAUGAAGCAGACAGAAUGUUCGACAUGGGUUUUGAGCCACAAGUUAUGCGUAUUAUGGAAAAUGUGAGACCAGAUCGACAAACUGUACUAUUUAGUGCAACUUUUCCACGUCAAAUGGAGGCAUUAGCUCGUCGUAUAUUAACGAAGCCAGUAGAAGUCCAAGUAGGCGGUCGAUCAGUAGUUUGUAAAGAAGUUGAGCAGCACGUUGUCAUAUUGGAGGAUGAGCAAAAAUUCUUUAAACUUCUAGAAAUUCUUGGUCACUAUCAAGAUAAAGGUUCAGCUAUUAUUUUUGUAGAUAAGCAAGAAAAUGCUGAUACGCUGCUUAAAGACCUCAUGAAAUCCUCAUACAUGUGUAUGUCGCUGCAUGGUGGUAUCGAUCAAUGCGAUCGCGAUUCAACUAUAGUAAGUUUCAAAUCUGGCAAAGUAAAAAUUUUAGUGGCUACUUCUGUGGCAGCUAGAGGUUUAGAUGUCAAAAGUCUUGUUUUAGUGGUCAAUUAUGAUUGCCCGAACCAUUAUGAGGAUUAUGUUCAUCGCUGUGGACGCACAGGUCGCGCUGGUAAUAAAGGCUAUGCAUAUACUUUUAUAACUCCUGAACAAGCACGGUACUCUGGAGACAUUCUGCGAGCACAUGAGUUGGCUGGAGUACCUGUACCUGAUCCUCUUCGACAACUGUGGGACGAGUAUAAAAAUAAGCAAGAAGCUGAUGGUAAAAAAGUGCAUACAGGUGGUGGCUUCAGUGGUAAAGGCUAUAAAUUUGACGAGUCUGAAGCUGCUUUAGCAAAUGAAAAAAAGAAGUUCCAGAAGGCAGCUCUUGGACUUCAAGAUUCUGAUGAUGAAGAUAUAGAAAACGAUAUUGAUCAACAAAUCGAAACAAUGCUUCAAGCCAAAAAAAUUGUGCAUGAAAUGCCAAAGGCUGCUGUCGCUAAUGCAAAUGCAACGGCUAAUUCUGGCGGUCAAGGUGGAUCAAGUGCAACAGAAAAACUUGAGCUUGCUAGAAAAUUGGCCUCUAGAAUAAACACAGUUAAAAAUUUAGGUAUUGAAGCCAAAGGAACAACUCAACAAGUUACCGAAGCUAUCCUUAAAGGUGCUGGACCCACAAAUUUGAUUACCGCAAAGACAGUGGCAGAGCAGCUUGCAGCUAAAUUAAAUACCAAGCUCAACUACCAACCCCGUGAAGAUGACAUAUUAGACGGUGACGCAGAAUCAGGAGAACAAGUGUUCCGCAAAUACGAAGAGGAACUAGAAAUAAAUGAUUUCCCUCAACAGGCUCGUUGGAGAGUAACGAGCAAAGAAGCCUUGGCUCAAAUUUCAGAGUAUUCUGAAGCAGGUUUAACCGUCCGAGGCACUUAUAUACCGACAGGAAAAUCACCUCCCGAAGGCGAACGCAAACUUUAUCUUGCUAUUGAAAGUACCAAUGAACUAGCAGUUAGUAAAGCUAAAGCUGAAGUAUCCAGACUAAUCAAAGAAGAACUCAUUAAACUUCAGGCCUCUGGAACUCACACAGGUUCUAGAGGACGCUACAAAGUUCUUUAAGUUUCUUGAACUUAAUCGUCAUUAUUGUAAAUAUCAUCAAAACAAAAAAUUUUCCAAAAUUUGUAAUUUAGUGAAAGUGGGCAUGAAAGAUGUAAGUUUUUAUCAUUGUGAAAACCGCAUAUACUUAACUAGAAUUGACAAAGUUUGUAAAUGUGAAUGUUUGUGUGAAUACUAUUUUUUUAAUAUGUAAAAUAAACAACACUUUUCAGAAAACGAU